AUGCAAACUUCGAACCUCAAAUCCAAGAUGGCAGCCCCCAUAAACAAAACACCACAAGCGCUUUCGCUGAAAGUUCUCGCUGAGUGUAGCACAACAAAAGCAAGAACAUGCAAACUGAAACUUCCACAUUACACAGUAGACACUCCAGUCUUUAUGCCUGUUGGAACUCAGGGAACUAUGAAGAGUUUAACGACGUCACAACUCGAAAAUGUUGAUGCUCAGUUGAUACUUGGAAAUACGUAUCAUCUUGGAAUGCGGCCGGGUCCAGAACUUUUGGAAAAAGCUGGAGGUCUUCACAAUUUUAUGAACUGGAAAAGAGCAUUGCUCACGGACAGUGGAGGAUUCCAGAUGGUCUCGCUCGUCAAGCUGGCAGAGAUUACCGAAGAAGGGGUCAAGUUUCAGUCUCCAUACACAAAGGAAGAACUUUUGCUGACCCCUGAGAAGUCUGUUGAAAUCCAGGCUAGCAUCGGAGCUGAUAUCAUCAUGCAGCUCGAUGAUGUUGUCCACAGUUUGACCACAGGGCCCAGAGUCGAAGAGGCCAUGUAUAGGUCUAUCCGCUGGUUAGAUAGAUGCAUCGCUGCUCAGAAACGCCCCCAUGAACAGAAUCUCUUUGCAAUCAUCCAAGGAGGUUUAGACUCUAAGCUAAGAACCAUCUGUGCCAAAGAAAUGGUUAAGCGGGACACCCCUGGCUACGCCAUCGGAGGGUUGAGUGGUGGAGAAGAGAAAGAUCACUUCUGGAAGAUGGUGACUUUGUCGACGGAUAUACUGCCGAGAGAUAAACCUCGAUACUGCAUGGGAGUUGGAUAUGCUGUUGAUUUAGUUGUGUGCUGUGCAUUAGGAGUGGAUAUGUAUGACUGUGUGUACCCCACAAGAACAGCUAGAUUUGGUUCAGCCCUUGUAAGAUCUGGUCAGCUCCAAUUACAGAAUAAGCAAUAUGCCAAAGACUUCCGACCAAUUGAUGAGAAUUGUCGUUGUUCUACCUGCUUGAACUACACCAGAGCUUACCUCCACUCCAUCGCUGGAAAAGAGACCGUGGCAUGCCAGAUCAUCAGUGUACACAACAUCAAAUUCCAGAUGGAUCUUAUGAGAGAUAUACGACAAGCCAUCUUAGAUGAUCGCUACCCAGACUUCAUCAAAGACUUCAUGAAAGUCGUUUAUCCCGCUGGGGAUUACCCUACAUGGGCUGUAGACUCAUUAGCAUCGGUUAAUGUAGCUCUAGACGCAAGCUGACGGGACUUUGAAAAAGACUUUAUGAUAGUUGUAUAAAUCUUAAGAAACCUCCUUAUCUGUUUUAAGUACAUCUGAGUUUACUCCAAAAAAACGCUUCAUUUGAGAGGACAUACUUCAUCAGAGAUGUUAAUGUAGCUGACCAGGCUCUAACAAAGACUUCACAAUCCUAUAAGCUAAAGUAGUAGUCCCCAGCCUAUUUUCUAUACCAUCCGCCCGGGUAAUAGUUAAA